UUUUUUUCAGUUCCACUGCGGAAUCAGUAUGAAGGCUAAGGAAGGAGGUCAUACGGAAAUGGCCCACAAGAACGUAAUUGUAAUAGUUCAAUUUAUGCGUUGGAGAGAGUCAGUAUGUGCGUUGGGGAAAGGGUAAGUUGUUGAGUUUUCAUAACUCCCACAACUAUCGACACUAUUUCCUGUAAAUGUCAUGAUGAGCUCGCAUGUAUGACAGAAAUUUUCAAGCAUUGAAGACAGUUAUUGUGUUGGUAAUUAUUGAGCAAGACCAAAACUUAACACGCAAGACCAAGACUAACACUAGAAAUAUUUGACCAAGACCGAAUAAUCAAGACCAAUACCACGACUGGGAAAGUCUAGGUGUUGAUCAUGCUUAUCAGUAGUAAUCUGAAUUUUACUUACUAUGUACUCAGGAAAUGGUCCAAGCGGUUUGAGUUUGUCAUACAUGUUACAAGGAAAUAUACCGUACGUGGUUUCUGCCGAUCAUCCUGAUGAACUACUAGCGGCCCGCUUGAAACCGUUUGUUGGAAAGAGUUUAGUUCAUCAAAAUUUAAGAUUUUUAGCAGAGGGCCUUGAAGGAAGAUCUACCAACAUGGUGUCUUUGUUAUUAGACGCUCUUAUUCAUCCCUAUGCUGACAUGGGACUUGAACUACAACCUCUGGUUGAGUGGAGACCAGAUGGGAACAAGAUGGAGCACUUGGUAUUGGGAAAAGGUCCCCCGGGAGGCGCAUGGCACACUAUGGACCCACAAAUUCUCACUUUAUCGUUAGGUUCUUGGAUGUCCCUACCAGGCUUGCCCUACAAUUCGAGAGACGGAAGCGAGAAACGCGCUUUCGCUGGAAACAUUGCUAAAUACUACGAAGACUACGCAACUAAAAUGGGCUUGCAAGAAAACUUCGUUUCUAACACUAUAGUGACAAAAGUAAAACCUCUAAGAAACGCCAAAUCACCAGAAAAUCAAAUUUCGGCAAUGGACGUGGAUGACUGUGCCCCGGAAUCCAAAUGUGAUAGACAACAGUGUAUGUGGGUAAAGAAGGUAAAAGAGGACACCCCGGAGAAAAGGAAACUAUGCCUCGCUCCCGAAUUAGCCGAAAAUUGCAGGAAAAUAGAACUUUGUCCUUUAUCUAACGCUUUAUACCUAAUUGGAUGCGGCAGGAAAAAGAAAUUGAAAGGAGAUCGAUGUCAUCUCUCAUGCAAUAUCAAGUGCAACCCUAGUUAUAAUAUUUUCGAUAGUUACGAGAAAGUUAGUGAUAAUGAUGUUUCAAGCUCAAGUAGUAAUAAUAGGUGCAGGAAUCUCUCUUAUUCAGAAAAGUCGUCAUCAAAUUUUCAUGAUGAACUACCUGGAAGAUUUAAUUAUUAUUGUAGAAGUUUAUCUAGUUAUGAAGGUUUAAAUACUGACGUGCCUUGUAGUAGCAACUCUGUCGCAAAUUCGUCGAACAAAGACGCAGACGUCCAACCUGUGUGGUUGGUAGAGGUCUACGACAAAGUUCAGCAAAGGUAUACAACGUACACGUGUAACAAUUUAGUGCUUGCCAAUGGUGCUUCAGACAUUCCAAACAAACUGAACUUGUCAAAUCAGAAGCCCGAUCCCGACUGGUUUGCUUACACUGUGAGAGAUUUAGAAAUUGCUCUUGACAACAGUUUUAGAAAUAAUUCGAAUUUAAAUCCCGAUCCGGUACUGGUUGUUGGGGCUGGACUGAGUGCAGCUGAUGCAAUUAUUGCAGCCAGGGGACGAAAUAUACCGGUUUUGCACGUUUUCAAGUCAAAGUCAGAGGGACUAAACAAACAACUACCUGAAAAUAUGUAUCCGGAAUAUCACAAGGUUCACCAAAUGAUGGUCGAUGGUGGGUCUUCCUAUCCCUUUUAUAAGGCUUUACCUGGAUAUACCUUAACCGAUUUCAAUGCUUCAAAAAAAAUAGUAGAGCUGACGUCAAAUACCGGAAAGAGUGAAACAGUUAGCGUAUCGUUUGCAGCUAUUUUAAUAGGAUCUCGACCCGAUCUUAGUUUUCUGCCUGAGAAUUUCAAUUUAGGUGUAAACAGAAACUUGCCAGUUGAUUGUAAAACAAAUCCUAUUGAUAUCGAUCAAUUAACUCAUGCGGUAAACGGUUACAAUGGCCUGUACGUGAUGGGGCCGUUGGUUGGUGAUAAUUUUGUAAGAUUUAUACCCGGAGGUGCUUUAGCCAUUCUUUCUGAUUUAUAUAGAAAAUAUGGCUACUGAUUGCUUAUUAGACGGUUCAAUUAGUAAAACGCAAUAGUGCCUAAAAGAAAUGAAAAAAUCAAAUUUAAAUUACAACUUUAGAUACCGCAAAAAAAUAGCUUUUUUUAUUCACCUAAAUCCAACCGUACUUCAAUUUUUAAACAAAUUUAUCUAUACGUAAAGUAAUUUAUUAUAUACCUUUCUUUUUGUGAUACUUUUUCACCAGUCCAAUAAAUUUCGUUAAAGUGAUUUUUAAUAAAUUAGUUAGUGUUAAAAGUAUUUUUGAUGAUAAUAAUUAUAAACCGCGCUAAACUAAAGGCAUUUACUGAAGAUUGUUCAUUUUAAAUUAUUUUCUGAAUCGUGUAUUUAACAAAUUUUCUUUUCUGAGAAAAUUAAACGUACUUAUGUAACUUGUUACAAUAACUACGAACGUAAUGUUUUAGUUAAAUAGGUAAAAAAAUAUUUAAACCUUUUUUAUAUAAUAUAUUUUUUUGUAAACACGUUGUUGUUUUGCCUCUUUUGGCUGUUGUUAGUAAUCUUAAUAAAUAGUUGUUUUGUUUUUAGUGUAUAAUUUAUCGUAUUUGAAUAAGGGAACCCCAAUUCUUUUACGUUAAUGCAAAUGAAUUUAAUUGUUAUUAUUCUUACGGUGUUAAACAAGCUAGCCUUUUUGUUAAUGUAAUGAAAUUAUUGUUUUUAUUGAAACUACUUACCACAAUCAAAAAUAAGAAAAGAAAACAAUAGAAUAGUAAUGUUUCACAGCAGAAUUUAUUUCAAUAAAAAGAUGAAAAUCGCCCCCCUUGCAGCGGGUUUAUAAAGUUAUUUAAAAUAUAUAUAUAUUUGUUGUAUUAUUCCUUAUACUUAAACUUACAAAAGAUUUUUCUGUGUAAAUGUGUAAUAUUGUAAUUUAUAAACGACAGGCUGUUGCACUAUAGCAAAAUUAUAAUUUUUGUGUACUGCGUUUCAGUUUUUGGGCUUUCUGGCUAUUGUUUUUGGAAUUUAUAUUCUCAAAGGUGGCGUGGUAGUGGCAGUCGAAGAUGUCUCACAAAUCGCUCGAUGGCGAGCGACUUACCGUACUGUAGGCGAAACGUCGGUAAGUAAUUUCCAAUAGUGAUGAGCAAAAUUGAUCUUGUUCUUGCAUAAAAGACCAAGACCGAACGAACAAGACCAAGAGGAAAUACGCAAGAUUAAGCGAAAAAUUAUUACUUCCGGUGAAUUUAUGAGUAAAACUAUUUAAAGCAACUUUAUUAUAUUCUUUCCUUAGAACAAAACAUCUUUUGCAUUUGAAAUUUUUAGUUUGCUUUACUGUAUUUUAACACUAAACAUAACAAAGGAAAUUUUAUCACUGGUAGAAAAAAAAUAUCUACAAGAAUCUCCUCGAAGUAUGUGUUUUUGGUUUUUUAUAUUUGUACUUUUUUUUGCUAAAUUUCAAGUUAUGCAUUGAAAAAAGGGUCAAUUUAUGCAUUGGAGUAAAGUUUUCAUAAAAAAAGAAAAAUUUAUGUUUAAGAGUUAUUAAAAAGACGAAAGUAUUAAAAGAGUACGACGAAAACUUAACACGCAAGACCAAGACGACGACUAGAAAUAUUUAAGCAAAACCAAUACUAAGACUGGAACGGUCUUGGUUUUCCUUUGCUCAUCACUAAUUUCCAAAGACAGCUACGAAGCCCGAAAACUAAAAUACAGCAUACAUUAGAUACCGGCCGUGAAAGCUUACACAAACUUUUUUUGUCUUCUAUUUCUAAGAAUGAUGAAGAUUGGUGCAAUUUAAAGCGUUUCAAAAAUAUUUGAAUUUAUUUAAGGUGCUUAUUUAAGCACAAUAAAUGUGAAAAUAUACGUAUAUUUAA